GCCAUGUGCGAGAACAUUUCAAACGAAUCUGCGUCUGAUUUGUGACUGCACUGUGUCUAAAAUGCCGGCGAACCAACUGGUACUGUUGAUCUUUGUUCAUGGCGUUCUGUCAUUUAAUUUAGAUGAACAGCAUGCCGUAACAUUUCCAGCAGAUGCGCAGACUGUUAUUUCCAGUGACUCCAGCUAUUUUGGAUAUGCUGUGGCUUUUCGUUCGGCAGACACUCCGAAAACGUUGGUGGUGUCGGCGCCACGGUACGGUGGUAUGGGCGCUGUCUUCGCGUGCUCACUGGAAGACCUCCAGUGUGACCCCAUCGUCAUUUCUAAUGCCACAGUUGAACAGGAACGGGACAUACUGAAAGACGACGCUUGGAUUGGCAGUGCCGUGGAUGUUCAACGGUCCGGGAAAGGAAUUGUGGUGUGCGGCAGCCUGCUGUCGAGCAACCACUCGCACAGCAACCGCUGGGUGAACGGCGGCUGCUACUGGAAGCCCGACGCGGACGCCGAGCGCGCAGACCUGCUCGUACCGCUCACGGAUGGUGAUCACCUUGGACACAGUGUGUCUGGGAGUUCUACUCACGCCUAUUAUGCCAACGGUCAAGCGGGCGUUUCUGUACUCAUUACACAGGAAGGACAAGAACUAGUUAUAGGUGCUCCAGGAUUCGACUUGUCUGUAGGAACCAUUCUGAGGUACCGAAUAGAUGAGAAUGGCAACCUAGACGACGGAAUAAUUGCAGGAAUUCAGCCUUGUCAAGAGAAAGGAAUACUGGGCAACGAAUAUGGAGGGUAUGCGGUGGCAUCUGGCAGAUUCAUGUGCGGCUCCUCCAUUGUCUACGCUGUGGGAGCUCCACGAGCAGCCAUGUAUAGGGGACAGGUGUGGCUGGCGGCUGAGGGCCCGCUGGACGUGGAGACGGGCGUGUCGUACUCGCGCCUGGCGGCGGGCAGCGGCGGCCGCAUGGGCGACGGCUACGGCGCGGCGCUGGCCGCGGCCGACCUGGACGGCGACGGCUGCGACGACCUGCUGGUGGGCGCGCCGCGGGCCGGCCGCGCAGACGCGGGCGCCGUCUACGUCUACUUCGGCGGCCAGCAGGGUCCCAACCUGCGUUCACCGGCGGUGACGCUGGAGGGGGACGGCACACCGCGCUCCCAGUUUGGCACGUCUGUCGCCGCUGUGGGAGACAUCGAUGGCGACGGCUUCCAAGACGUGGCGGUGGGUGCGCCGUACGGCGACCAGGGCGGCAGCGUGUUCGUGUACCUGGGCAGCGGCGACGCUCGGCGCAUGGGCCGUCUCCUAGGCCCCCAGAGGCUGCCCAGCUCCGGCCACCCGGCGGCCACGCAGCCCGGCUUCGGCAUCAGCGUCGCUGGCGGCGUCGACGUCGACGGGAACGGCUAUGUCGACGUGGUGGUCGGCUCGUACAUGGAGGGCCGCGCUCGGGUGUUCCUGGCGAGGCCUACCGUCUGGCUGGUGGCCUCGGUGACGGGCCCAGAGUCGCUGAGGCUGGCCGAUCGCCGCACAAACAUCACCGCCUGCCUCACGUACACCAGCCACAGGUUCCAGGACGAUGUUGAAGCGACAAUGGUGUUCAGUGGCGACGGAUCAGCAGAUAGUCGACCAGUAACUAUAUCAAAAGGAAAGACCCAUUGUGAAAACGUCACAUGGACUAUAAAGGCAAGGGACAAGCUUGAACCAGUACAUGUCAAGGUCCGGGGAGAAAUUCGGGAUAAAAAUGACGGCGUGUUCUGCGGCGACUGCCCGGUGGCGGACCCGCAGCGCAGCGUGGGCGGCUCGGUGCUCAUCCCGUUCAACACGGGCUGCCGGAACGAGGCACGCUGCGAGUCCGAUCUGCGCCUCUCCGUGGACGCCUCCUGGCAGCCGUCCGUAGUGGGCCAGGGCGAGGCGCUCCCAGUAGAGCUGUUGGCGACGGUGGAGAACACCCCUGGCUAUGACACGGCCCACGUGGCCGGCGUGCGGCUGGAGGCGGCCGUGCAGCCCCCGGAGGCGGCGUGGGGCGGCCUCCACCUGGCCGACACCAGCGGCGCAGACUGCGAAGUCCUGCCCGCCCCCAACGCCUCCAGCAUCGCGCUACGCUGCAAUCUGCGCAUGCUCAAGAUGCGCCCCGGCUGGAGGGAGACGGUGCGGAUGAAGGUGGCGCUGCAGGGCCAGGCGGCGGGCGUCGCGACGCUGAGCUGGAACGCGACGGCCUUCCUGCGCGGUCACGAGCUCCGCCCGGAGGACAACCGGCGCGUGGGCGCGCUGCGCCUCGACGCCCCGGCGGGACUCGCGCUCACCGGAGGCACAGAGCCACGCUACAUUUCUGCUGUUUCGGAUGGCAGGGAAAGUUACAAAUUCACACAGUUCUUCAGGGUUAUUAACGCUGGCGCGUACCGUCUGCAGAGUUUCAACUUCAGCUUGCAUUUACCUCUGGGGCUUGACUACGAAGGGCGGCAGUACGGUGGGAUCCACUACGAAACGCCGAAGACGAGCACGCCAAACAAGGUGACGUGCGCCACCUCAUCUGGUUCUCCGACGAGCGGUGCGCCAUCUUCCCAGGGGUCACCGGGCUGGAUCUCUCAGAUCAGCACGGCAGCGUUUGGAAGCGAGAUGCGCGCCUCUGCAGACUGCUCCAGGCUGGACAGGACGCGCUGCCAGACGUUCCAGUGCGUCGCGGGGCCGCUGGAAGCGGACGGGGACAGCGUCGACGUCAGCGUCUCCGCCGUCCUGCUCCGACGCUCCAUAGAGGACGUGCUUUCCCGCGCUGACGUGGACGUCAUUGGCCGCGCCAGGCUGCACAUGCCACAAGAUGUGCUGCUAACUUCAGAACUGUCCAGCGAAACAAAUACGACGACUACCAUUCUGAGCCCCAACAUCCAGAGGGCGGCACUGGCUCCUUGGGUGUGGAUCGUUUUGGUGGUGGUCGCCCUGCUCAUCUAUGCUGCUAUAGUGGCCGUCCUUUAUAAGAUGGGAUUCUUCAAGCGAAAGAAACCCACAGCAAGGAGACCAGAAGCAGAGGAUGAAAACUUAGCCGAGGCUAAGAAACUCAUGGACGAAGACUGAGUAAGCAGAGCGACGGAAUUGACGAAGUUUUCAAGACACAUAGCUUUUAAGGCUAAACUAAUUUCUAAGAACUAUUAGCAAAUCUAUUUUUUCAAAGACAUGGCUAAUGUAUGCUAUAUACUUUUGUAAGAACGA